AUGAAGACCUUUAAACUACUGGGGACCAUUGGAAUCACUGGUGUUGUUGCACAUGAAUUCCCAGACUGUGUGAACGGUCCUUUGGCCAAUAACACAGUAUGUGAUACGACUUCAGAUCCAUACACAAGAGCUGCAGCGCUGAUAUCAUUAUUUACCUUCGCCGAGAAAGUCAACAAUACGGGGAACACAAGCCCUGGAGUUCCAAGGAUAGGGCUUCCAUCAUACGAAUGGUGGAAUGAAGCACUCCAUGGCGUCGCUCGUAGUCCUGGGGCCACUUUUGCAGCUGCUGGUUCCAAUUUCUCUUACUCGACGUCGUUUCCUCAACCAAUCUUGAUGGGAGCCACAUUCGACGAUGACUUAAUUCACAAAGUAGCCACUCAGGUCUCUACAGAAGCAAGAGCUUUCAACAAUGCUAAUAGAUUUGGCCUUAACUUUUGGACUCCUAACAUCAACCCUUACAAAGAUCCUCGAUGGGGUCGUGGUCAAGAAACUCCUGGCGAAGAUCCAUUUCAUACUUCUAGCUAUGUGAAUGCUCUCAUAACUGGACUUCAAGGUGGACUCGAUGAUCUACCCUACAAGAAAGGAGUAGCGACUUGCAAACAUUUUGCAGGUUAUGAUCUUGAGGAAAGUGAUGGAGUUAUAAGAUAUGGAUUUGAUGCUAUUAUCAAAUCUCAAGAUCUUAGAGACUAUUAUCUGCCCCCAUUUCAGCAGUGUGCCAGAGAUUCGAAUGUUCAGAGCGUUAUGUGUAGUUAUAACGCAGUGAAUGGGGUCCCUACAUGUGCGGAUGAUUGGUUGUUGCAAACGCUUUUGAGGGAACACUGGGGAUGGACGGAAGAAGAUCAGUGGGUAACUGGCGAUUGCGGUGCCCUCCAAUUUAUCUGGGAUUCUCACAAUUACACAAUAGCUCCCGAGCAAUCAGCCGCAGAUGCGCUAAAUGCAGGGACCGAUCUCGAUUGUGGUACCUUCUGGCCAACCUACUUGGAAUCAGCAUAUGAACAAGGUCUCUACAAUAUGUCUACACUUGAUAGAUCCCUCACCCGUCGCUAUGCGUCCCUAGUUCGACUCGGAUACUUUGAUCCACCAUCUAUUCAGCCAUAUCGCCAAAUUAGCUGGGAUAACGUCUCCACACCCGCCGCUCAACAACUCGCACUGCAGGCAGCGGAAGAUGGAAUUGUUCUACUCAAGAAUGACGGACUGCUUCCACUGAAAUCGAAUAUCACGAACGUGGUAUUGAUUGGGCCAUUGGCUAAUGCCACGAAACAAAUGCAGGGGAAUUACUAUGGCACAGCUCCAUACUUACGUUCUCCAUUGAUUGCAGCACAGAAUGCAGGAUUCAAAGUUACGUAUGUACAGGGUGCAGAUAUCGAUUCUCAAAAUACGACAGAAUUCUCAGCAGCUUUAUCUGCAGCACAAAGCGCUGAUCUCGUCAUAUAUGUUGGUGGAAUAGAUAAUUCCAUUGAGGCAGAAGAGAUUGACCGAACAUAUAUCUCCUGGCCUUCAACUCAACUAUCUUUAAUUAAUCAGCUUGCCAAUCUCUCUACCCCCCUCAUCAUCUCACAAUUGGGCUGCAUGGUAGACUCCUCCUCCAUUCUCUCAAAUACUGGAGUAAAUGCACUACUUUGGGCCGGCUACCCUGGUCAAGAUGGUGGAACCGCUAUCUUCAAUAUUCUCACAGGAAAAACAGCACCAGCAGGUCGUUUACCUAUUACCCAAUAUCCCAGCAACUACGUGGACCAAAUCAAGAUGACCGAUAUGAACCUACAACCUAGCAGAUUCAAUCCCGGAAGAACUUAUAAAUGGUACGACGGAGCGCCCGCUUUCGAAUACGGAUAUGGAUUGCAAUACACGACAUUUGAUGUCAAGAUUACUCCUCCUUCAUCUAAGAAUACUUUUGAAAUUUCCGAAUUACUCGCAAAUGCAUCGAAUUAUAAAGAUCUAACACCUUUCCUCACAAUUCCCAUCACCGUCUCUAACACCGGUACCACAACAUCAGAUUACGUCGCUCUUUUCUUCUUGAAUGGAACCUUUGGACCAGCACCACAUCCUAAGAAAUCAUUGGUCGCAUAUACGAGGCUGCAUGAUAUUACUGGAGGUGCGGAUGCAACUGCGGAAGUAAGUUUGAAUCUUGCCAGCUUGGCAAGGGGAGAUUGGAAUGGAGAUUUGAUUUUGUAUCCGGGUGAUUAUAAAGUCGUGGUGGACAUUGAUGGUAAGGACGAGUGGAGUUUCACCUUGACAGGGGAAGAGGCACUUUUGGAUAGUUGGCCUGAGAAGAAACAAAGUAUCAAGGUGCAAGAGACGGGUGCUAGGGUAGAUUUAUGA